UGUUACCUAAAAUAUUAUUAGUGAGAGAUGAUGGCGAAGCCAAACGUUAAAUUGGCGGUAAUGUACUUCAGUGGGUACUGACCGUACGUUGACGCAACAUCAAUGCGUAGUUUCGCCUGAUUUAUUGAAUUACAUAAUAAUUGACAACAUGAAGCGUCCAAAGCGUAUGAGCAAUCGUAUCAGAAAAAUCGCAAAGAAAGAACCAUCAAUCUUCUGGUUAAACGAGGACUGCCUGCGUCACAUUAUAAAAUUUUUAACGGUCAGGGAUAGAAUAAGGCUAUCAGGAGGUACACUAUAUGGAGAAAAUCAAUUUGCAAGAGGUUGCAGUCUCUCGUUAUGUUAACAUGGUCUGAUAUCAAAUCAUUGAGAAUCAGUUUUAACGUGAGAAGAGAUCGUGAUAAGAUGAAAUACACCUUACCGCUUUUAAAAUUAGUACUUGGCCAUUGUGGCCCUUUUCUUAAGGAUCUAACGCUUGGUUCUUGGCGAGAAAAAGGUUACACCAGUCCAGUUAUGUCAUACAUAACGAAAUCAUGCCCAAACUUGAUUUCAUUAAAUUUAAAAGGUGUAAAACUUCAUGUAAAAUCAGCCGAAAUUCUUGCGCAGACAUACAGCAAACUCACACACCUUACCCUAGGAUGGUGUCAACAAGCAUGCACUCACGCAAUAUCAAAGCUUUUUCAAGCUAACAAAGAACUCAAAUUAAUCGAGUUCAUUGAAUGUUAUCAUCUAGAAAGCAGUUGUUUUUCAAAACUUCAUGCAGAAUCCAUUGAGUCAAUCACUUUCGGUCGAAAAUGCAAUUUCGAAGUAAGUGAAGUUAUCAAUGAUAUCGAAAAGUUUAUAAACUUAAAGACUAUUUACGUUGAACGAAAUGGCCUAUUCAUCGAUGGUAUAAAUGAAUUAUUAGGAGAAUUACCUAAAAAGACAAAUCUAGAGAAUUUAAUAGUAGAUGCAAGCUGCAAUUAUUCGGAAGAGUUUGUACCUUUAUCAAAUAUCAUUUAUUAUACCAACCUUCGAAAAGUAACGCUAACUUAUCGUAUAGCAUAUGAUGAAUUACUCGUUGCUAUUGCAAAGCAUUGCAAGAAUUUAACAUAUAUAAAAUUAGCAAAUUCACCUGCAGUAACUGAUCUUGGAUUAUCAACUUUGAUUUCUUCAUUAAACAUUGAAGAACUCUGUAUUGAUAAUCUAUGCGAGAUUUCCUCUAGCUUUUUUGCAUAUGUACAUAUGCCUUCAUUGAAGAUUUUUCAGUCCUUCAAUAAUCCACACUGGAAUAAUGAAAGCUUUAGGAAUCUAAUGUCUGCUGCAGAUAAUUUGAUACAAAUACAAAUUAAGAACAAUCAAGUGAAUUAUAAUGCGUUGAUCAACGAUGCAACACAGUAUUCAUUAAAUCGAGGAAAUGAGACAUUUCUGAAAUUGCUCUUAGAAGUUGAGGACCAGGUUCCUCCAACGGGCAGAAUUGCACCAUACUUAUUGGUUGAGUUAAUAAGAACUCGCCAUUCUGCAUCUGAUGAAGAUUCUGAUUAAAACGUGGAUUAUAAGUACAUUUUAUGGUAGUUUAGUAUCUGGAAUUAGAAUUUCAUCUAUUUUUUUCAAUAUUUUGACUAACAAUGUAUCGCCUUAGAACUAAAACUAAAAAUGAAAAUCGAAAUCCAACUGCAUUUUUUAAAUAUUUGAGUGAUGGAUAUACUGAGUCCACAAUAAGCUGUAUAUGACUACGUGAUUGUAUUUUAGAAAUCUACAAGGAAUUGUACGUCUUAUUAUAAAAGAAAAUGGAAAAAUUAUUACUAGAUUCCUACCAAUUUUUAUAUUUUGGUAUGAAAAAGUAAUUUUAGUAAUACUGGUAUCGCUACAUAUUGAAUUUGUAAUAAGAUUGAUAAGUAAUAUGUAGAUCAUAACAAUUUUUUAUGUAUGUCUUUGUAUUCUUACAAGUAGAUAAUGUAAGAAGUUAACUAUAUCAGUAGCCAAUUUUCAAUUGUUUUUAAUUACAUAAGCUUUUGGAAUAAAAUACGUUAAACAAA